AUGGCCUCGACGAACAGCUGGAUGCGGCAGCCCUUCCGCAUGGUACACGGCAUCCCCAUGGUCAGCACCUUCGUGCCCGGCUGGGAUCAAGUGGACGCCUUCCAGAGCCACCCCGAGGACAUCGUGGUGGCCACCUUCCCCAAAUCCGGCACUACUUGGAUGUGUGAGGUCGUGGACAUGAUCCUGAAAGGCGGCGACACCGAGAAGUGCAAGGACUUCAUCCACAACCGGGUGCCCAUGCUAGAGCUCCGCGUUGGGGAAACCUCCUUUUCAGGCACGGAGCUGCUGCCCAAGAUGGCGUCCCCGCGCAUCAUCAAGACUCACAUCCCAGCUCACAUCCUGCCCAAGUCUUUCUGGGAAAACCACUGCAAGGUGAUCUAUUUGGCUCGCAACGCCAAGGAUGUGGCUGUCUCCUACUACCACUUUGACCUGAUGAACAAGCUGCACCCACACCCUGGCACUUGGGCCGAGUACCUAGAGAAGUUCAUGGCAGGCAAAGUGGCUUAUGGCUCCUGGUAUGACCAUGUGAAGGGCUACUGGGCGCGGAGGAAGGAGCACCCCAUCCUCUUCCUCUUCUACGAGGACAUGAAGGAGGACCCACAGCGGGAGAUUGGGAAGGUCGUGCAGUUCCUGCAGCGGGAGCUGUCGCCGGCGGUGCUGGAUGCCAUUGCCCAUCACACCUCCUUCGAGAGCAUGCGGGACAACCCCACCACCAACUACACCUCGGUGCCUGCUGACCUCAUGGACCACCAUGUCUCUCCCUUCAUGCGCAAAGGCAUCGCCGGUGACUGGAAGAACCACUUCACGGUGGCGCAGAGCGAGCGCUUCGACGAGGAUUAUGCCCGGAAGAUGGCAGGGACCGACCUGCGCUUUCGCACCGAGCUCUGA